ACACAGCGGUUAAGGCCCCUAGAGCCAAGGGCCCAAGGACUGGCUUGGACUAUAACUCUUUCCUUUAUCCACUCCAGAGUUCUCCAUCCCACUUUUGCUGGCUGGCCGCCUUGCCUGCGGACUAUGUGAUAAGGGGAGGAAGGAGGCGGCGGUGGCUGAACGCGCCUGACAGGCCGGGCCAGUGACAAAGAGCCGGCGGCUCAGGCUGAACCCCGGGAAGCGAUCCUUUCGAGGAGGAGAGCCCAAGUCCCCUUAUAGAUAGGAAAGACGCAACUCACGUUGUCGAUCACGACAGGCUGGUUGGCGAUCACAUCGUAGGACUCCAUGGCAGAGGAAUCUCUCCUUCUGGGGAAGGAACUGCCCAGCCGGGUCCGCCGCUAGCGCCACUGACACGCAUGCGCAGUCUAGCCGCCGGUUCAGGGCGGCGAGGGAGCGGCCCGACCUCGCCUCUGAAGAACUACAAUCCCCAGCAAGCUUUGCGCCUGGGUUAGCGAUCUAGCUUGCUUUGCUGCCCGCCUAGUUUAAGACUGGGAGUCGCAUUUCCAAUGCACAGUACCCUGGGAUUUGUGGUCUCCCUAGAUUAAACAGCCAGAGACACAGGUUGAUGGUCAUGUUGCAUGCCUGGAUCUGUAGUCCCUUUGAAGGAGUUCGCAGUGCAUGCUGAGUUACCCCAGUGCCUGCCCUACGCACCCCGAUGGCGGAGCUGCGGCCUAGCGGCGCCCCCGGCCCCACCGCGCCCCCGGCCCCUGGCCCGACUGCCCCCCCGGCCUUCGCUUCGCUCUUUCCCCCGGGACUGCACGCCAUCUACGGAGAGUGCCGCCGCCUUUACCCUGACCAGCCGAACCCGCUCCAGGUUACCGCUAUCGUCAAGUACUGGUUGGGUGGCCCAGACCCCUUGGACUAUGUUAGCAUGUACAGGAAUGUGGGGAGCCCUUCUGCUAACAUCCCCGAGCACUGGCACUACAUCAGCUUCGGCCUGAGUGAUCUCUAUGGUGACAACAGAGUCCAUGAGUUUACAGGAACAGAUGGACCUAGUGGUUUUGGCUUUGAGUUGACCUUUCGUCUGAAGAGAGAAACUGGGGAGUCUGCCCCACCAACAUGGCCCGCAGAGUUAAUGCAGGGCUUGGCACGAUACGUGUUCCAGUCAGAGAACACCUUCUGCAGUGGGGACCAUGUGUCCUGGCACAGCCCUUUGGAUAACAGUGAGUCAAGAAUUCAGCACAUGCUGCUGACAGAGGACCCACAGAUGCAGCCUGUGCAGACACCCUUUGGGGUAGUUACCUUCCUCCAGAUCGUUGGUGUCUGCACUGAAGAGCUACACUCAGCCCAGCAGUGGAACGGGCAGGGCAUCCUGGAGCUGCUGCGGACAGUGCCUAUUGCUGGCGGCCCCUGGCUGAUAACUGACAUGCGGAGGGGAGAGACCAUAUUUGAGAUCGAUCCACACCUGCAAGAGAGAGUUGACAAAGGCAUCGAGACAGAUGGCUCCAACCUGAGUGGUGUCAGUGCCAAGUGUGCCUGGGAUGACCUGAGCCGGCCCCCCGAGGAUGACGAGGACAGCCGGAGCAUCUGCAUCGGCACACAGCCCCGGCGACUCUCUGGCAAAGACACAGAGCAGAUCCGGGAGACCCUGAGGAGAGGACUCGAGAUCAACAGCAAACCUGUCCUUCCACCAAUCAACCCUCAGCGGCAGAAUGGCCUCGCCCACGACCGGGCCCCGAGCCGCAAAGACAGCCUGGAAAGUGACAGCUCCACGGCCAUCAUUCCCCAUGAGCUGAUUCGCACGCGGCAGCUUGAGAGCGUACAUCUGAAAUUCAACCAGGAGUCCGGAGCCCUCAUUCCUCUCUGCCUAAGGGGCAGGCUCCUGCAUGGACGGCACUUUACAUAUAAAAGUAUCACAGGUGACAUGGCCAUCACGUUUGUCUCCACGGGAGUGGAAGGCGCCUUUGCCACUGAGGAGCAUCCUUACGCGGCUCAUGGACCCUGGUUACAAAUUCUGUUGACUGAAGAGUUUGUAGAGAAAAUGUUGGAGGAUUUAGAAGAUUUGACUUCUCCAGAGGAAUUCAAACUUCCCAAAGAGUACAGCUGGCCUGAAAAGAAGCUGAAGGUCUCCAUCCUGCCUGACGUGGUGUUCGACAGUCCACUACACUAGCCUGGGCUGGGCCCUGCAGGGGCCAGCAGGGAGCCCAGCUGCUCCCCAGUGACUUCCAGUGUAACAGUUGUGUCAACGAGAUCUCCACAAAUAAAAGGACAAGUGUGAGGAAGACUGCGCAGUGCCACCCCGCAGCCCAGUGGGGUGCCAUGCACAGGCCACAGGCCCCCCACCUCACCUCCAGCUCAGGGGCUGCACCCCGCCGCUGGCUAAGCCUUGUGACCCAUCAGGCCAGUGAGUGGGCAAAUGCGGACCCUCCCUGCCUGCAGCCUGCACAGAUUCUGGUUUGAGGUUUGACUCUGGACCCUGGCUGUGCCCCUAGGUGGAGACAGCCCUCUUUCUCACCUACCCCCUGCCGCACAGCCCAGCAGGAGGGAGGCGGACAGCCAGGUGCAGAGCGAGUGGAUGCACUUCCCAGCUCAUCUCUGGAAGCCUUUGCUACUCAAGCUCCUCUGGCCGCGGAACAAUUCCUCUGAUCAUGUUUGGUUUUCUUCUUCCUUAUUUUAUUUUGUAGAAACCGGGUGGUAUUUUAUUGCUCUGCAAAGAUGUCCAGAAGCCAUGUAUAUAAUGUUUUUUAAACAGAACUUCAUUCCCCGUUGAACUUUCGCAUUCUCUGACAGAGGCCUAGGGCUGUAUCUCUCCCUGGGCUGCCACCAGAGAAGGUGCUUGGUGUUCGCCUGCCAGCCCAGAGCCCUGGAGGAGCCGGCUGCACAGAGAGGCUUUUCUUCCCAGCUGGGCCUGGUGGAGCCCGGGGCAGGGGGAGAGUAGAGACACUCCCUUGUGCAGCUUUGAGCCUAGUUUAGCUGGGGCCAGGGAGGGGUGCUACUGUUUUCCAAGUGAAUGGGUCUCAAAGACUUGGUGACCCCAGCCUCAUCUUCUAGGCCUUUUCCACCCAACCAGGCCUACCUGGGAGAGGGUGAGGUUCAGCACAUCACACACCAUCCCCACUGUCAUUCAGGGCCUGGGUCUCCAGCUCUGUAACCAGUCCUGUCCCAUUUCCUCAGUCCCUGGGCCUCCCAGCCUUCAGGCUGUAGGGCUGCCUUACUAAAACUGAAAAAUCCACCUCUUAACAUCUCUUUCACUUUGGUUUUGCUAACACUGCUCUCUGCUGCCCUCCCAUCCUCCCUGUAUCCAUUCAUGCCCUAUCUUUCAUUCUCCACUCCUAAUCCCUCUCCUUUCUGGCAUCCUGGCCUCUCGUGGUCCUCAGCCCCUCACCCCCAGUACUGCAGAUCUCACAGUUUGCCUUCCAGAAGCCAGCCUAUCUCUAGCCCAUGGUUUUGGAGUUCCUCUCGGGUUAUCUCCCACUCCUGACCUGGAACCAGCAAGCCCCUUUCCUGCCUUCUUACCCCCAACUCUAGGGACGGGACUGUUAUAAUACUUCAAGAUCACUCUUUACACCUCUUCAAAGCAAAGUCAUGACAAUGCAGGGCUCCUCAUUGCUCCCAUCUGCCUCUGCUGCACACACAGGCACCAGCAGGGAUGCCACAGGAGUGCCCACAGGGUGCAGGACUCCGCUGAUGAGAGAUCCAGCCAAAGAGCUGCCCCCAGGGGUAUGAGGGCACCAGCUGGGUUCUCCAGGGAGCAGGAGUUGGACCUCCAUGGAGCCACUAGGCCUGGCCUCCUCUACACAUCCCCAGGGCUAUCUGGUUAAUUCCAUCAAGCUCAGAGUUAAAAGGCAUAUCAGCCUGGAGUAUUUGGGAGAGACUGGCUGCAGGUCCCCGCCAGCCAAGAUGCAAGCCACUUGGGAUCUGAUGUCGGCAGCUGUGCCUCUACUGCCCUGAGGACUUACCAGAGGGAGCCCUACUGGCCUUCCCCCACCACAGCAGCCCUGCCUGUGAAGCUCUUGCUUCUGACAUUUCACAGGCAGAGAGGUGCCAUCAGUUCGCCUCCAUUCCUUGCCACCAUGACCAGCCUCUCCCUGAACUCUCUCUUGCUCGGGACCUGCCUGAGGGCUCCCUGCUGCAGCUCGCCGUACUUCCAUCUGCUGGGUGCCUCCAUCGUUGGUUGGGUGGGGAUGGGGCAUUUUCUGAGCUAAGCUUUGUCAUUAGUUUGUGAAGCACCUGGUCAGCAACCUGCCCCAGACCUGGAGGGUCUUUGUGGACUGAAGGUAGACACCAGCCAGCAUGGUGGCCCUGUUCUGGGGGAGCAGGGUAAGGCAGGAGGAAGUGGGUGAGCUCCGAGAUAAUGAGCACAUGAAGCCUGUGGCCCCUUCGUACCCGCAAUAUGUCAGGAGCCUCACGCUCACCCAAGAUCCUGCAGGGGCCAGGCUCCAUCUCACUGGCUCUGAGGGCAGGACAGGGUAUCACACAUUUCUGACCAGGCCUCCUUUCCUAUGGGCAUUGGUGCCUCCCAGAGGUUUCUUGGGCUGCUGGCUGGUGAGAGAGGACCCUUAAAGAAGAUCAAGCCAAGCUGACCUUGGACCCUGUCCAGCACAGCUUCUGGCACAGGAUGCUUGGUGAAUGUACCCUUUCUUUCCCUCCCUGCAGCUCUGAGGGAGCCCCUGACCUUGUAGUGGGUGGAGGAGGUAAGGGGCCUCCCUCCCUAAAUCUGCCUCUUCUGCAAGCUACUUGGAGACUUGCCUAGUCCUACCCACCCCUUCAGGUCCCUGGUGCUAGAGCUUCUGAGAAGGGCCUUUCCCUUUGCUCUUUGCCUGCUAUAUAAGGCAGGCUCCUGUGGCUCUGCUGGCUCAGUGUGGGCUGCAGGAGGACUGCAGACUCAGCUGCAAUUCUGAGGGGGGUUUGGGAGGCUUGUGCGAGGUCUCAGGCCUGUGUGGGGAGCUGGUGCCUCUUCCUGCCCGUAUCUUUCUCUUCCAAGGGCAGUGCUCCAAGGCAGGGACUGGAGAAGCCGAGGGGAGAGUCUAAAAGGGCUAGAGCAUUUUUAAAAAUAGACACAGGGUCUUGGGACUGGGGUUUCGGAUUGAGUUGCAAGCAGGGAGAAAACCUGAAGGUCGGUGCCCCUAUGGGGCUGACCAGUAGAGAAUUUCCUUUACUGUAUUUUUGUAUCUGGUCUUCCCUCUCUGGCUUCUAGGACAUCCAUGCCAGGUGAGGUGCCUGGGUCCCUGUUACAAGUCAGGAGCCCUGUAGGGAGACCCCUCCUUUUGUACAAGUACCUGAAUGCUGCGACAAGCAGAUUUUUGUAAAAUUUUAUAUUAGUUUUUAAUGUCAGUGGCGACUCGGUUCCUGGGGCUGCAGCCAGCCUGGGACUUUCGUAAGAAUUUUUGGGUGACUCACUUAGAUGUCGUUUCCUUCUUGCCCCCUCUUCCUCUCUGUAAUCUAAGUGCAUUAAACAUCUUUGCAGAA